AUGGCACCUCCUCCGCCGCCGCCGAGAGCCCCGCCGCCGCCUAGACCGAAAGCGCCCCCUCCUUCACAAGCCGAAACUAAUCCCGAUGCAGGUCCACCGCCAACAGGUCCACCUGGACCACCGAAAGGGCCACCGCCAACAGGUCCACACGGACAACCAAGUGUACCGAGAGGUGCUCCACCUGGGCCACCGAAGGAUCCUCCACCGCAGCCGCCUAAAGCUGUACCUCCCCCGCUUCCAACUCAAAACGAGCCCGAAAAGGACGUCGCCGCUGAAGCUGCUGCCAGUCUUGCCGCCAUCCAGAAGCUUUUGCGUCGUGGACGCCUCAGCUUUACGUUGCUAGAAGCACGCGAAAUUCGACGCAAAGGCGGACCGGUAGACGCAAAACGAUUCAGCGCCGACGCAUACGUGAAGAUUGCAGUGGGCACAACCCCCUUGUCUGCUCAGGAAAAGCGCAGCAAGACGCUUAAGAAGAGCGGAACACCGGUCAUUUUCCACGAAGAGAUCGUAUCAUUCGACCUCACAGACCCCGUGGCGCUCGUGACCGACGGAGAUCUACCGAUCAAGAUCGAGGUCUUUGACGAGAACUUGCUCUCCGAUGAGAUGCUAGGAGAAGUCAAAUUCUCGGCUCUGCGCUUCUUUGACGGUCAGCCACAUCGAGAGGUUUUCUCCCUUUCGUUGUCGGCGACGCCAGGCGCUCCAUGUGGUGAGAUUGAGAUCGAGAUCAAGCUGGAAGAGGCCUUAGUUGGAAUGCUGUCCAUCGUACUGAUGGAAGGGCGAAACCUUAAGAGCAUGGAGCUCAUUGGGAAGCAAGAUCCGUACUGUCAGCUCUCCAUUGGCAAAUUCACCAAGCGUGGCAAAACCAUCGAGCGUGGAGGACGCAAUCCGUACUUUGGGGAGGAAGAGCUGCUCUUUUGGUUCGGGGACGAUCUCUGGACACAGCAAAUGGCAUUGCGCGUGUUCGACGAAGAUAUCGGCAACGACGACCUUAUUGGUGACGCGAAGUUCUCUGUAUUACACUUCAUGGCUCAUCGCGGCGCACAAGAGCACGCGAUACCGUUGCGAAAUAAAGGGAGCCCAGCCGGCGAAGUCUUAAUGCGAAUCGAGUUCUUCCCUGCAGGUAUACUCACCGUGACCUGCCAUGCUGCCAGACAGCUACGCAGUGUAGACGCCAUUGGACGGCAAGAUCCAUACGUCAAGCUCACUCUGGACGGCCGAGCGGCGCAAAUGGUUAGAAAGACCAAGACCGACACGGACGGUGGUAGUGAGCCUGAAUGGGAGGGUGAGAUCUCCUGCUUCGAUGUAGUUGACCAGUAUAAUUUGCAAGUGGAGGUCUGGGACGAAGAUUCUGUCGGGGACGACGACCUCAUUGGCGCAGCUUCACUUUCACUGCUGCCAAUCUUCCGCUAUGGUUAUGCCGACGAUUGGCUCAAGCUCUGGGUUAAAGGCCGAUUCGGGAACAAAGACCCUGCUGGUAUGUUGCGUCUUGAGAUGAGCUUUCAAGGUCCUGCAGGUGUGGCUUACCCACAGCACCAGGCCGGCAUGGAUCGCUUCACUGAGAAGGAACGUCGUACAAAGGAGACAGCCGGGAUGAUCCCAUCGGCGUCUGAACCUGAUGGGGGACAGGAUGCGGCAAUAGCUGCCAAGGCCCACGCACUCACCAGACCAGCGAAACGAGUCGUCGACAAUACCAGCGAGUUUUCAGAAGAAGAACUGCUGGGUGCAUUCCGAUUCCUCGAUCUCGACAAAAAUUCCUUCAUUGGUGCCGCAGAACUUCGUCAUCUAUUGAUCUGCAUGGGCGAGCUCAUCACCGAUGCUGAAGUGGACGAAAUGGUGCGGCUUUGCGAUACGGACGGCGACGGACAGGUGAGUUUCGACGAGUUCCGACGAAUGGCGAUACAUCCCGACCCCGGUGGACCAGAGUUUGCUUUGGCGAUGACAAAGGACGAGCCUGAGGAACCCGUACCGGUAACUGGUCCAGAUCUUACCGUUGAAGACAAACAGCGACAGCUGGAGAUCAAGCAGGAGAAGUCAAAGCUCAUGCGGCGGUUCGUCCAGGACACUCAUCCGAGCCUCGAAAUGCUAGAGCGUGUGGCCAAAAAGUUCCGUCAGAUGCAGCACGACGUUCUGGACUUUGAGGACUUCUGCUCACUGUUCGAGGUGGAACCCACGGGCGAGUAUCGGCGUCUUUUUGCGCUGUUUACGCCAGACAAUCAAAGCGACUCCGGUGCCGACUUGCGCGAGAUACUUCUCGCUGCAGUGAACUUUGUCAGCGGCGUCGACCGUACGCAGCGUGUACGCUUCUGCUUUGAAAUCUUCGACGAUGAUCACAAUGGUUUCAUCACCGAAGACGAGCUUGUGAACAUCCUGCGCGCGAAUUAUCUCGCAUCGACAGAUGAUCAAGUGCGCAAAAAAGCUCAAACGAUUCUGCGCCAAGCUGACGAUGACGGAGACGGCCGAGUAAGCUUAAACGAGUUCCACGCCAUCUCGCGCAAGUUUCCGAAUCUCCUUUUCCCACCUCACGACGCAGGUGGUAAUAGCAACAAGUAA